UCACCUCUCCAUUGACCGUCGGCACAAUUUGAAUUGCAUUUGUGAAAAGCGUUUUCGCCCGCCAACACGCGCCCGCUCCCAGCUCGCAGUCGCAAUUCGCAAUCAAAAGACAACGGCAACGCUCCGUAGAAUUUGUCGUAACGCGGCGGUUAUUUCACUUCAGUUCACAAAAGAGAAAAUUUCAUUCAAUCAAAACUUAAUCGAUUGCCCCCAUUUAAGGCUUUAGUGUCUCUGUGUUUGUGUCUCUGUGCAUGUGUGUGUGUGUAUUUAUGGUGUGACUUGUCCUUGUAUUGUGUGACACCAAAAGAUUCCAAAGGAUAAUUAUUUGACAAUUAAUCAAAACAAUUUUUAAUCAUAUUCAAAUUGGCGCCACUUGUUGUACUUGCCACAAUGUCCAGCCACGAGGAGGAUGAGCAUGAACAGGAGCAUGAGCUCGAACACGAACACGGCGAUGAUAUUGAGGAGCAGGAGAUUCACGUCGAUGUCGAUUCCGAUUCACGUAUGUCUUGUGGCAGUGGUUCCGAUGUGGAUAUGGAUGAUGGUGCCAGUUGUUAUGAUGAAUCGGAAACGCCCCUAAGUGAAUCGCUGCAAUCGGAACAGACGCGCUCCUCGUCCAGUGAGAAUCUGCCCUUUAGCAUAUCACGGUUGCUGUCGAAACCCUUCGAGACGAAUAACAACAACAACAACAAUCACAAUAGCAGCAGCAAUCUGCACAGCAGCAGCUCCAGUUCCAGCAAUAAUAACAACAACAACAACAACAACAAUAAUAAUAAUGUUAAUGGUGGAGACAAGGGCGAUGACAAGGAUCUACUUCCCGUAGAUGAUCAUGAUCUGGCUGCCUAUAAACUGGCCACCAGCAUUGCAAACUCAACAUAUGGAAGUGCGGCAGCUCUCUACACAUAUCCGCAUCUUUAUCCAUCAGCAGCAGCAGCAGCCGCCGGUCAUGUACUCCGCGUGCCGCCCCAACGUACACCUCUAACUUGGGCACUGCCGCCAUUGCAUCAUGCGGCGCUUGCCCAUCAGGCGGUAAAGGAUCGUUUGGCAGCUGCCUUUCCCAUUGCUCGUCGCAUUGGACAUCCCUAUCAGAAUCGCACACCGCCCAAGCGAAAAAAGCCACGAACAUCCUUCACUCGGAUUCAGGUGGCCGAGCUGGAGAAGCGUUUCCAUAAGCAAAAGUAUUUGGCCUCGGCCGAGAGAGCGGCUCUAGCUCGUGGCCUCAAGAUGACCGAUGCGCAGGUGAAGACGUGGUUCCAGAAUCGACGAACCAAAUGGAGACGACAGACCGCUGAAGAACGGGAGGCCGAACGUCAGGCAGCCAAUCGUCUUAUGCUCUCCCUGCAAGCGGAGGCCAUCAGCAAGGGAUUCGCCCCACCGGCUGCCCCUUUGAGCUCCCAGCCAGGUGUGAAUGGGGCUCCAUUGGCGGCUCUACAUGGUCUGCAACCAUGGGCCGAGGCAUCUCAUGCAGCUGGCUGCUAAUCCGCAUACUAAACACACAUUUAGUAGAAAGGUUUAUUUGUGAUACAUUUUGCUUUGUACAUACAUACUUAGUCCAGGGAUGGCUUGACAAGAAUUCCCACUGUAUAUACUUAUACAUACAACAAAAAAAAGAGUGGUUUUUCUCUCCCCCCCAAAAAAAAACUGUAAAUACUUAGUUUUAUCUUCUAGAAGCGCUUAGUUAUUAGUUUAAACAAAAUAUCUAAAUAACAAUUACGCAUAUGUAUGUAUUUAAUUUUAAUAGCACUUUAAGUUUUUCCCCCCGCCCUUAAAUUUAACAUAGUUUUGAGUUUUAGUGCAGCAUUUAAAAUAGAUUAUUUAGUUGUUGUUGUUCAACAGUUAAAGGCAAAAUGCAU